AUGUGGUGGAUAAAGUUGAACAUAAGACAUUUUGUUGCUAAGAAGAUUCCCGGCGCCGCUCGGGGAGGUGCGUCUCCGGCAUGGCUGCGGCCGACCCUGGGGACCCGGCGCCGGCGCCAAACCCUGCCGGGCUACUGCUGGGCCAUAUCGUGGCCUCGGGGGCAGUCGCUCAGUGGCCUUACAUGCCAGAUCAAGCAUGUCAAACUCGUGGCCCACAACGAAUAUUUUUGCAGCCCAGUCAGUAUAACGGAGAUAUUAGAUAUAUCUAAGAAAUCUACUCCUUGCUUUGUGAACUUCUCCAGGCUACAGCAGAUCACAAAUAUUAAAGCUGAAAUCAAUCAGAAAAACCUGGAGAUUGAACUUCUAAAACUAGAAAAAGAUACAGCAGACAUUGUUCAUCCUUCUUUCUUGGCUCAAAAGUGUCAAACUCUGCAAAGCAUGAAUAAUCAUUUGGAAGCAGUGCUAAAAGAGAAGAGGUCCCUCAGGCAAAGACUGUUGAAACCCAUGUGCCAGGAAAACCUGCCUAUUGAAGCAGUUUAUCACAGAUACAUGGUACAUUUGCUGGAGUUGGCAGUUACUUUUAUUGAGAGAUUAGAAACCCACCUUGAAACAAUUAGAAAUAUUCCUCAUUUAGAUGCAGAUCUAAAGAGAAUGAGCAAGGCUUUAGCCAAGAUGGAUAUUUUGGUGAAUGAGACAGAAGAACUGGCAGAGAAUAUACUCAAGUGGCGAGAACAACAAAAGGAAAUUUCCUCUUGUAUUCCCAAAAUAUUAGCUGAAGAAAAUUAUCUUCACAAAUGUAUUGUAACACCAUAACGCCUUCUUUAUCUUUACUUUUAAAGCUCAUGUCCAAACUAUUAAUGCCAAAUGAUACAACUUGUUCAAUUAAGCAAAAAUGGUUUCUUUUUGCUUAAUUGUAUGUAGUCGUGUGAAGUCCAUUUCUAGUCAAUGAUAACAUGGGUAUUUAUAGGCUUUGCUGCAGCCCUCUCUAUGUUAGAGUACUAAAAUUCCAAGUUCAUUAAGACCAAACUAAAUUUUCCUUCGUUUUUCAUAUGUGCACCUGAAAAUUUUUUUUUUUGGUUAAUCCUCACCUGAAAAUAUUUCUCCAUUGAUUUUUAGUGAGAGUAGAAGGGAGGGGGAGAGAC